AUGGCAUCGUUCUUCAAGAAGCCAGCUUGGGCGCAAGCAUCGGCUCCAGCUAGGCCGCAGGACUUUUUUCGGCGCUCCAACCAGGUAUACUCGGACAUUGUGGCCACGACUCAGGACGAGGAUGAGAGCGAUGAUGAGACGACUGCAGACCGAGAGACAGCUUGUGCGCCGAGUGAGCCCAAGAGACGGCGCAUCUCCAACGAUGAUGAAGACGAUGCUCCUUCAGCUCUCCAGGCCAGGGCCACAUCACCAUCCCAGGAGCUUGGAAGCGGGGGUGAUGCCGUUAAAAGGGAUGCUUCUCCCAGGCCAGAAGAGACCAGCACUAGCAAAACACCUCCACGGACUCCACGGACUCCACGCUCUGCUCGGUCAAGCCCUAGGAAGACCGGCUCUCGAAGGAACAGUCCACGGAAGUCACAAUUGAUAGGGGCCUCACCUCCAGGCACUAUUAUCCAUCUUAAUUCGGAAUCACCUCCUCCUCCAGCAGCCCGUGUUCCUCCAAACGCCGUCGUACGAGUUGAUGAUUCCGACUCAGACAAUGAUGGAGACAACGACGAAGAGUCUGACGAGGAAUGCGCAGAACUGGUCAGACGAGCUCGAGAAAGGGCUCGUAAUAACUUAAUGCGUGAGAAGAAUAACUCAAAAUCUCCCAAGGGCAAAGAGAGUACCACAAGGAAGACUACAGAAAGUCCCUCGGCGGCCCGCAAAGUUGCUCCCAAGUCCCCGCCAAAGAAAAAGGACACCGUUGUGAAUAUUCUUAUUACAUCCAAUAUUGAAAAUACCAGGUCGCUUCUGGUCCGUCGGCUGUUGUCACAAAACCUAAGAGACGUACGAAAGGCAUGGUGUCAUCACCAGAAAUUUGACGAAGAAACCUCAGACACUAUAAUCCUGACCUGGAAAGGAAGACGGUUAUUUGAUGCAACCACUUGCAAGAGUCUGGGUAUCAAUGAGUCCGACACCAACGACAACUCGAUGUUUGACUCUGCUCCCGUUGAUAUGGACGAAGGCAAUGCCGGCGUCCACAUGGAGGCCAUGACACUAGAAAUGUUGGAAGAAAGACGUCGAGCAGCGACCGCUGCCCAACUAGACAACGAGGAGGAGGAAAGUGAAGACGAGCAACCAAAGGCUCAAGAGCCGUCUGACGAGAAUGUGGUUCGGAUUAUUCUCAAGAACCCGGAUCUAGACGAUUUCAGGAUUAAAGUACGGCCUACAACGCAGAUUGGCAAUAUUCUGAAGAAGUUCCGGCAGAUGAAGGAGAUACCUGAGCACAAGUCUGUUUCUCUCUAUUUUGAUGGAGACCGGUUGGAUCCAGAUUCUUUGAUUGGGGAUAAUGAUAUCGACGACAUGGAUUGCAUUGACGUUGUAUUGAAAUAG